AUGUACUGCGGCUGCAUGCUAAGCGCCGAGCCCUGCACGGGGCUGCGGGCGCCGGAGCAGCUGGCGGCAGGCUGUGCUGCUAGCUUGGCCCUGGAAAAAUGGGUCCUCUGCAACUGCCUGGAGGAGGUGCUGGACGCCUGUCUGAAGGGCCGUCGCGGAGCCGCCACCACGGAGCAGACGGGGCCCGUGGACUCUGAUUUCCCCUGCGUGCUGGCCCAGCCCACGGAGGAAGAUUUCCAGCGCAGGGUGAGCGGGAAGAGGCAGCCGGCAAAGACAUAUGGGAUCUUCAAAGUGAGCAGAGCUAUCUCCUUGUCCUCUUGCUCCUUCACUGGGAAAGAGACCAUCAUUUGUCAUCAGCAGCGAAGAACCAAGGUCGGGGACGGUCCUGCAGGGAAGGAGCAGCUGCGGCAGCUGAGCGACAACCUGAGAAGCAGCAGGGAAGGGCAGAGAUGUGGCAUGGAGGUGAGAAUUCGGAGCGACGACCGUUCAGUUCCAGAUCUUGCGUCAGAACGUGCCAUUCCUUGGCUUCGCUGCCCUUCUCUGGAGCAUUUCAGGGAGAACUAUUUCAUCCCGCAAAAGCCUGUUGUGUUGGAGGGGGUUGUUGACCACUGGCCAUGUAUGAGAAAAUGGAGUGUGGAUUACCUCCAUGAAAUUGCUGGGUGGCGCACAGUCCCUGUGGAGCUAGGUUUGCGAUACACAGAUGAAGAAUGGUCUCAGGAACUCAUGACUGUGGAUGACUUCAUCAGUCAGUAUAUUGUGAACAAGAACAACGUUGGAUACCUUGCCCAGCACCAGCUGUUUGAUCAGAUCCCAGAAUUGAAGGAGGAUAUUAACAUCCCUGAUUAUUGCUGCCUGGGGGAAGGGGAAGAAGACCACAUCACCAUUAAUGCCUGGUUUGGCCCCGAAGGAACCAUCUCACCUCUUCAUCAAGAUCCACAGCAAAAUUUCUUAGUCCAGGUAAUUGGAAGAAAAUAUAUCCGUCUGUAUUCUCCACAAGAAUCAGAAAACCUAUAUCCACAUGAAAACCAAAUGCUUCACAACACCAGCCAGGUGGAUGUGGAGGAUCCCGAUUUAGUUAAGUUCCCCAGGUUUGAAAAGGCUACCUUUCAGUCUUGUAUUCUGACACCUGGACAGAUCCUGUUUAUUCCAGUUAAAUAUUGGCACUACAUACGAUCCCUCGAUAUCAGCUUCUCUGUCAGUUUCUGGUGGUCGUAACUAUGACUGGGUGUGGACAGAAUCUCUAAAGCAAGCACAGAGCUGAAAUAGAAACCCGAAUUUCUUGCUUCAGGAUCUGUGAGAAAUCUAAGUUUAAAAAAAAAAGUAGCAGCUACAACAGCCUGUUUGGUUUGUGGAUGUUUCUAGUACAUAUUCCUAAUAAAGAGCAUGUAUCCGAUCAUCCCGUCCUACGUAUAUACAGUGAAAACAAGACUAUAUACGGGCAUCAAGACACUGGGCCCCAAACAGGCAUUUCCCAGACUGGAAAGAAAGGAGCAUGUGACUAAGUUAAAUUUAACCCCAUGUGUGGAUUUAAGAAUAGCCCUGGCUUUGACUAUGAUGGAUAACAAGUUUCUACAAAACUUCAGUAAAUAAAAGAGUUGCCAACCUAAAACAAGGUGACAUUUCUCUGUGCAGUACAAACUUCUAGGAAGGCCUGGAAGUACAGUCCAUUGUUGACAAUUCAGUUAGAGUGCAGCUGCACCGCUAAUGCUUUGCCUGUCUAUGAAAAAUGAAUUUUAUUCCUCACAUGGUAAUGGAUCGUUUCCUAGUGAACACCAUCUCUACUGCAGUUCAUAGAAUCAUAGAAUAGUAGGACUGGAAGGGACCUGUAAGAUCAUGUCCCUGUCUGCACCAGUGUCAAAGAAAACAGACCAUUAUAAUACAAUUUUUAACUAUAGCCACAAGAAAAGUAUUCAUAUUUAAAAUAUGAGCACUUCAGUCACCUCUCCUCUGCUGAUCUAACAAAAAUCCCAUUUGCUUGAGGAGUGGUUUGUGGACUGUGGACUGAAGAUAUAAUUUUCUUGAUUAAAGCUCUGAUACUACUAAUGAU